UAUGGCUCAUUUAAAAAAGUUUUCUCUUGCAAAAAAACUAAGCUAAAUGCGUCAAGAAAGUCAAUAAGUUUUUACUCCUUUGUUAUUUGCAACUGGGAAUGAUGAUUGUCUCUUUUAUUCAGCUGAUUUAGUUAUGAAUAUGUCUUCAAGAAAAAAGAAAGACAUGAAAAAUCUUCUAUUUACUAUGCAAACUUUAGAAAUACCUUAUUUAAGUGCUAAUUAAGUAGGAUUAGAAGAUAGAUAUUUUGGUAUGAUGUUUUAAAAAUAAAAUUUCAAAUGGUCAUUAUUAUCAGAAACAAACUUAGAAUAAUUACUUUGUGUAAAUCCUUUGGUUUUAAGUGUCUCAGAAACAACCUCUAUUGAUUGGGAAACUAAUAUAUGUUUCCCAUUCAUUCGUAGUUAAAUAGAGAGAUAUGAUAGAAUUCGUUUACAAUUUCAAACUAUAGAAGAUGAAUAAGAAUAUGAAUUUGAAGGUUUUAAUGCAAGAGUAGUAUAAUAGGCAAUUGGUAAUUAAUACAAUAAUGGCUAUAGAUAGUUUAAAUGGCUAUUAGAUUAUUGAUCCUAGAAUCCAUUGUGGAAGAUGGGAAAUCAAUCCUAAAUGGAAGAAUGUCUUGCCAAAAACAGAACUUACAAUAGAUACAUAUAGAGGAGAAAUUUAGAAACUUGUGAAAAGUAAUCCUGAAUGUUUUAGGAGAAGAUCUGUGAAAUAGUUAAACAAAUAAGUUAAAGAAGAAGAUGAUGAAUUCUCUUUUGAGGCUAUGAUGAUGAAACGUUUAGAAAAAUAUAUAAAAAGAGAAAUGCUUGAACCUGCAGCAGCUGAUAUGGAGGGAUAAUAUAAAUAACAUAUAUUAGAUCAAAUUAAGAGUAUCAAAUGAA